GAGAGAAAAGCGGAGACGGUCAGACACCAUUUCUCUCUCAGCGUCUUUGGACUAUCUACACGAAGGCAAAGAGACAAGAAGAAAAAAAUAAAUAUCUUUUUCUAAACACGAACGUAAUUAUCUAAAUUAAUCCACAAAAAUAGCCAUGGCCGACACAGCUGUUGACACCACCGCAACUGCAGAGGUUACAGCCAAGGAGCUGAAAGAGAAGAAAGAAGUGGAGGUGGAGGAGAAGACCGACAACGGGGACGCACCUGCCAAUGGCACAAACGGUGCUGAUCACAGUGACAAAGUGGAAGAAACCACAGAGGAGGAACACAAGAAUGGAGACGAUAAAGCAGAGGAGGCGCCCCCUGCUGAGGAGACUGAUGCACAGCCUGUGAAGCGUGCAGCUGAAGAGGAGGAGGAAAAAGUGGAGACAAAAAAGCAGAAGACGGAGGAAAACGGAGACUCGAAAGAGGCAGAAGUGGAGGCUUAGGUCUCUGCCCUGCUACGCGUUUGUGGCACUGUCUUACCAGCCUGGUCAACAUCGUGUUGUAGAGCUUGUGCUUUCUGUAUCUUUGAGAGAGAUUUCUUUUUUUGGUUGCUCCCAUGUUAUCACAUUGCACUGGAGUCUUGAAACAUAGUGGCCCUGCAUCCUUUUUUUUAUGAAGUGUUAUUUAUUGGUCCUUAAAAUGAGCUUUUUUUCUACUUGUACAAAUUGGGCCACACCAUGAGAUCAGUUUUCAUUUCCUGAGGGUUUUAUAUCGGUAUGUUAGAAGCACAAUCUCUAUUAUGUCAGUGCUGACCAGAUGAUUCAUACUUACAGGCAGCUGCUCACCUCCCAAGGCUCAUGUUGACCUCUCAGAUACACUUAAAGGACCAAAGAUAAGUUUUAAGCAGGGGAUAAUGGACAGUUGUUAGCAUUAUUAGUUAAGGCGUAAUUUUUUGUGUUGAGCUGCUACUUAAUCCUCGGCUGCCCUGUUAACAUAACAGAUGGUGCAAAUGAAUAAAGGGUCUCCUCCUUGCACCUUCAUGACAAGUUUGACCCCGUUCUGUGGAGGCAGGAUUUUGCAAUGUUAAUUAACCCCUCUUAAAUCUUAAAGCUUUGGUCAUUUGUUCUGUAUGCAUUCCACGCAAGUUUGUACCAUUUAUACUUUGUUUUUCUUACAUUUCCAACGAGUUUAUGUUAUGGUUGGGUAGCUCAGUUUUGUCUACAAGACUGCCUUUUUCAGAACCAGAAUGGCAUUCGGUUACUUCAGCCACUGCUUUGUAUAUUCUGAUCAACAAAUAAAUUGUCUUUUUACUUAA